GGGAAACAUCUUUCCUGUGAUUGAUUUUAAGGCUGUUGGAAAACCUGGUUUGCAAAGGGCUGAAGCGAAGGGUCUAAGCAAUUCCUGCUCCAAUGAGGAUCGUGAAUUCCGGGUUUUGCUCCACGAAAUCUACACGGGUAGUAGUCGGAGUUUAACAAAGGAAGAGGGAAGCCAAGGGGAAAGUACCUUUAAAAAAGGGAGGGGAGUAGGGAUAAGUGCCAGAUCAUUAUAGAGGACCAAGACAUUUGAAUUUCUGUAACAGAAAAAGAUUGGAAUUCCUAUCUUCCGCAUCUUUGGGCUGACUGGCAUCAAUAAUAAAGAGAAAGAUGAAGCCCGGCAAGUCUUUUGGUCUCAGAAAUGUCCAGAGAACUACUGCGUAGCCCUCCAUUUUCCAUCUUGAUACAAACAUAGGAUUAUAUGAAUACAGACACCAGGUUGAAGUCCCAUUUCUCAAUGAAUAGAGGCAGGGGGAGAUCAUUACUAUGAAGCUGAAUGAGCGCAGUGUGGCCCAUUAUGCCACAUGUGACUCUCCUGCAGACCAUACUGGUUUCUUGUGCAAGCGUGUGGAGCGCCACCAUCACACCAUCUCCUACCAGCGCCGCUGGUUCAUCCUCAAGGGCAACUUGCUGUUCUACUUUGAAGAGCGGGAGAGCCGUGACCCCCUGGGGCUCAUUGUGUUGGAGGGCUGCACUGUGGAGCUCUGUGAGGCUGCAGAGGAGUUUGCUUUUGCCAUCCAUUUUGAUGGGUCUGGUGCCAAGGCCUAUGUGCUGGUUGCUGACUGCCAAAUGGCUAUGGAAGCUUGGGUGAAGGCACUUUCACGGGCCAGCUUUGAUUACAUGAGGCUAGUGGUUAAGGAACUAGAGAAACAACUGGAGGAGGCCCGGAAGAACUUGGUUGUGAGCCAUAAAUUUCCAAAGAAGUCAUCUUCUGGCCGAAAGAGACAUCUCUCCAACCCCACAAUGGUCCCUGUCCAGGAGCACCCUGCCAUCACGGAGAAUGGUUAUGCUACAUGGGGUGAUGGUCAGUCCCUUGGUGCAGGGGUUUCUUUUGACCACGAUGGGGGAUAUUUAAAGCCCCCACCCCUACCUCCUCGGCGAAGACCAGCAGGCAGCAGCAUGGGUGGAGUGUUGCCUGCUGGCCUUGCCUCAACUGCACAGGAAAGUCCCGUGUCUCCAGAGACAGCCUGUUUCUCAAAGUUGCAUGAUUGGUAUGGUCAGGAGAUUGCUGAUGUGAGGAGGGAAUGGUUGGAAAGCCAGAAAAAAGUGGAAAUGUGAACAUGGGAGCCACAAAGUGAUUGUUUGUCAAGCAACAGAGAAUAAUACAUUAAUAAUGGUCUGGCUGCACUUUCUGGAUUGAUCUUUGAACCAAGAAAAUCAUCACAGAUGGCCUGUAUUGCUUUCUGGAACCCUGUGAUCCAUUGCAAGUCUAUCUUUUAUAGUUUAUUCCACUUUUCUUCCACAAAGCUUACAGUGGCAUAUGUACGUGGUUCUUCCCUCCUCCUUUUUCUUACAAUAACCAUGCAAAGUAGGCUGCUGAAAGUAUCUGACCCAAGGUCACCCAGUGAACAUCACAGAUAAGUGGGGAUCUAAAGCUGGUGCUAGUGCAAUAUUCUUAUUACUACUCCACAGAGGUUUUAUAUGUGUAUGUUCUGGUGUACUCACUACCAGAUCUCUACAUUCUCAGAGGCUGUAGAAAUGGCUCUGCUGUCCAAAUCUUAUACUCAAUAUGUACCUCAAGAACCAUAACAGCUUUUCACAGUUUAGUCCUAGGACUGGUUCAAAGUGGGAUGCUCAAGACCAACUGUUUGAUACAUUCACAAAACUUUCCAGUGUAUAGUCUUGAUUUUAUUAGCUGCACAAAUCUUACCACGUGCCAUGUCAGGCCAAGAAUGUCAGUACUGGGCUGAAGUAUUGAUGCCUAAAAUAUUUUGAAAGGUUAUAUAUGUGUGUAUGAAUGGGCCUUUGAGAAGGAAAUAAAUCAAACUGGAGAGGUGGAAAAGAUAGCAGAGGAACAUAAUUAAAGUGAUCCUCUUGUUCCAAACCUAAAUCCAGAUCUUUAUUAGGCAUUAAGAAGAGUUUGGAUUUAUAUCCCCCCUUUCUCUCCUGCAGGAGACUCAAAGGGGCUUACAAUCUCCUUGCCCUUCCUCCCUCACAACAAACA